AUGGUGAAGAAUAAGAUCGACGUCGUGGUGGAAGAUGGUCUUAUCGACUGUCUUUUCCCUGACGCCAUUCUCCCGGGACCCGUCGACGACAUCUACACCGGGAUCACGACUGGAGAACACCCCCUGUACUCAUCCGACCGAAAGCUCUGGAUAAAUUGUCCUGAGCUUACUAGGCAGUCCGACGACGGAGACCAAGAAGAAGCCCUAGCCGCAUUUUUCACGACGGUCACUCGAAGAAUCUCAGAGGUCGUGGGCAAACCCUGCAAUCGAGUCAUUACAGGUGCCUAUGCGACCACCAAAAACCCUCUCCCUAGAGGGCCUGGUGGCGGACGCCGCCCCGAGAUUGUAAUCUUCGAGAACUCUGGCGGCGAGCCACAAACUUGGAAAACAGUGAUGUCGCACUGGGAGCUGAAGAAUAAUGCGAAACCCAAGGCCAAGAAGGAGGCGGCCAAGCUUGUGGCAGACGGUGUCGAACUCAUUUAUGGCUUCCAGUACAGUCGCCGGUUUGUUGCAUCACUGUCGAUCCUCGGAUACCAGAUCACUCUACACAUCAACGACCGCGCCGGAGAGGUGUUGUCCAAGCCGUUCGACAUGCAUGCAGAUCCUCAUGCGUUCCUGCGAGUCCUGACAGCGUUCAUGUUCGCAAGCAAGGAAUACCUUGGGUUUGAUCCCAGCCUCAGGCUGCUCGAAGAUGGUUAUCGAGCCGUGGUUAUUGCAAAUAAGGAGUAUGUGAUCGAGCAAUGGAUCUGCACGAGCGGUCAUGUCCAGGGACGUGGAACAUCAUGUUGGCGGGCGACUCGUGGCGGAGUCACGUAUGCUAUUAAAGACUAUUGGACGAACGGAAUCGACUGGUCCUCCGAAGCCGAGUUGUUGAAGGAAGCGCGCGGCAUCGAAGGCGUAUGCCAGCUGGUGGAUGAGGAGGUCGUCAUGUUCCAAGGCAAGAUCGACUCGACUGACUUGGUACGACCCAGUAUUGCAGGGAAUAGGUGCCUAGAUGCACCUCAGCCGGUGUACUGUUGGACGCAUAGACGUUUGGUGCUGGACCCAUUUGCAAUACCCAUCACAUAUUUCGAAACGAAGAAGGAGUUGGUAGGGGCUUUCAUAGACACUAUCAAAGGAAAGUUCCUCGAAUCCUCAGUACUGGCUCCAUGCUCACGUCCACCUACAGCCCAUAAAACGCUGCUUGAAGAGGCGAAAAUACUCCAUCGUGAUAUCAGCAUCAACAAUAUCAUGCUGGUCGACUCCAAGGAUUCUACCAAUCGUCGCAGAGGAAUUCUUAUUGACUUCGAUACCGCAACGCGGUAUAACAACGGAGCUGCAGAGUCUAAUUUAGAGAGAAAACCUGGGGAAACUGAGUGGAUUGGCACUAAACCCUUCAUGGCCAUAGAGCUGUUGGCCUUCGGCGACAAAUACGAAUUGACCUACACACCCGAAUGGGACCUCGAGUCGUACUUUUACGUAUUCGUCUGGAUCUGUGUCCUCUACGACGGUCCAAACAACUCUAAAAGGGACAUCAAUUUCGAGGAAACUAUGCUGCGCCACUGGACAAAUGGCGAUUUUGAGACGGUGGGAGUGCGCAAGUCCGCGGCUGUCAAGGACGGGAUCUUCUGGCGACGCCUGAUCGCCGAGGUAUCACCCUACUUUGAAGAGCUUAAGCCAUGCCUGGAAAGAUGGCGUGGUCUCCUUUUUGACUCGGAAAGCAAGACACACCGCGCGGUGCUCUCCGUACUCGACGAGGUAUACGAAAGCUUGCCGGACCAGGAACCCUGUGCUGAUGUUCAAAGUGGAGAAGAGACCUCUUGUUCCGAGUCGGAGAAUGACAAAGUAGACGGAGAGGCGGCUGCGGCGUUUCAGGAUACGCUGGUGGGCACUAGGACGAGAAAUUGUUCCCAUAUUCAUCUACGGAGUUCGAUAGGUGAAUCACCUACCCGAAAGAGACCACGAGACUCGGAGGAAAGCGACGAGGGAAGUAGUCGCUGCAAUACAGAGUAUGGCACCUUUCCCUCGUCUAGGGAGGCCGCCAACAAGGGUUCUCCGACAUUGCUGGAGGGUCCGCCGAGAGAGCAAUCUUCUUCCACACUAGAAUCCGAACAUGGGCCACGUAUGAGGGGGCCAAGCAAGCGGCUGCGGCGUGAAGCCGAGACAUCCACCGACAGUAGCUGA